AUGUUUUUAAAGAAGAACCUGUAUUUAUUUUCACAUGCCUUUUAUGAUAUGCAUGAAUUCCAGCAAGCCUAAACUUUAAUGAAUAACAAUGCAUUUUCAUAAGCACAUGACUUAUUUUUAAGAUUAAUUCAGAUUCUCAAACCUCAUGGUCGUUUACCUAAUGAUUUAUUGUCUAUGUAAUAUUAUAAUUCAUCAAAUAGAUCAUAUCAAAACUCUGUUAAAGUUGGACCAAAAUAGUAAAAUGAUAUUUUACAAUACAAAUUAGACACUCUUGGAAAUGUAUUAUAAUAUAUGCAAAACAAUCUUUAUUAUAAUACAAAUAAUAAUAUGGAUCUACUUGUUUAACAUGAACCAUAAUUUAUUGGAAAUGUAUUACAUUAUGAAUUCAAAAGAGUUGAAGCUGUAUUAUAUUUAUAAAUAUAAUUAAGUAUAACUAUGCUUUAUUGAGUUCACCUGAAACAGAAGAGAAAUUAAUAUCAUUGAUUGAAUAUUCUGAAGCCAGAUUUUAAAAAGGUAAGUUUACAAAUAUUCAGAAUAAUCACUCCUCGAUUAUGCCAUUUUGAAAUGGUUGGCAUCCGGACAUGGUUACAAUCCAGUUUCAUUCAAUGCUAAUUUUGGAAUACAAUAAGGAUAGGUAUUAUUGGAUCAUUUUUUGAAUGCUGAAGCUAAGGUAGAUAAAAUGACAUCAAUUGAUUUCUCAUUAAAAUUAUAUAAGGCAUUAAGUGAUUUUAUUAUUUCUGCCAAUGUAUAGACAUAUAAUAAAGUAUUAGAUAUUUAAUAUUUUAGACUAUUGUUGGAUAAGUAUUAAAUAGAUAUUUGAAAUUUACAGAAAAGAAAGCAAAAAAUUAAGUUCAUAAAUCAUUAAUGGGUUUAGGAUGGUUGAAUACAGUUGAAUAAAGAUAUAUGUCUGCAGAAGGAUUAUUCAGAACAAUUGAUGAUUAACUAAAGACACAUAACUUAACACCUGAAAUAUAAGUACUUACAGCUUAAUUCUGGUAUUUGAAUAUUUAAUUGCUCUAAAAAUUGACAAAGAGACAAACUGAAGUUCAAAGUAAAUAUAUUAAUUUAUAUAUAUAUAGAUUAUCAACAACAACUUAAGUAAUUCAAAAUGUCUCCAGUAUAAUAGAAAGCAGUAUUAUAUUGUCAUCUACCAAAUCACCAAGUUUAAUUUUUGAGUUGAUUAUAUUUUUGUAACAUAAAUUUAUUU